AGCAGAUAGAUAGCGAGGCGCUGCUGCAGACAGAGGCAGAGAGAGCGCCUGCUCUCGUGCGUUGAUGCAUCUGGUGGCCCGGCCCGGCCAAUAAUUCCGAUCUUGCCUCGCCGGCGACGCAACGCUCCAACGGAAGCGGCGGGCGCGAGAACGAAAAGGUUAGAGAGAGGGAGUGGGAGGAGGUGGAGGAGAGAGACAGAGAGGCUUACAAAACCCCUCCCAUUAAUUCCACCGUGAUUCCAUCUCCUUUGUCCUCCUCCUCGGCUCCUCCCCCUCUUCUCGCUCGCAGCAGCCGUCCCGUCCUUCCCGAUCCCACCGCUUCUUUUUAAGCUCGGCCCUCUCCUCUCUCUCUCUCUCUGCUUGUAUAAAUCACUCUCUUUGUCGUGCCCUCCCUCGUCGUCGCUGCUAGUAGCCAAGCGCGGAAGGUGUUUGCGGGCACGGAAACCUCGCUCUGCCGCUUGGAUCACGGCUGAAGCGAAGGCGCGGGGCGGGGAUGAGGGCGGGCGGGAUGCUGUGCCGGUCGCAGGCGGCGACGGCGGUGUGCGUGCCGGGGGACGCGCGGUCCAUGGUGGUGGCCCGGCGCGCCGCCGGGGACGGCGCCGCCCGCGCCCUGCACGACGUCAGGUACGCGCGCCUCGGCGGCAGCACCGCGGCCGAGGGCGGCGGCCGGCGCUCCGCGUCGUCGCGCCGGCUCGCGGCGCCCACCAGGGACAGGCAACAGGCCGCCGCGGCGGCCCCUCCGCCGCCGCCGCCCGCCGUCGUCGUCUCCGGCGGCGCCGCGUCGUGCAAGCCGCGCGUGGAGAUGGCGAGGCGGCGCCCCGCCGCCCGGGCGCCCGUGGCCGUGACGCUGCCCAUGGUGACCAAGAGCCCCAGCAAGGAGGCCCCCGCCAAGGACCUCGCGGCGGCGGCCAAGCGCGCCGCCGCCGCCGUGGCCCCGCCCGGCGACCAGGUGCUCCAGGUGGUGGUGAUGAAGGUGGCCAUCCACUGCCAGGGCUGCGCCGGCAAGGUCAGGAAGCACAUCUCCAAAAUGGAAGGGGUAACGUCGUUCAGCAUCGACCUGGAGAGCAAGAAAGUGACGGUGAUGGGCCACGUGUCCCCGGCCGGCGUCCUCGAGAGCAUCUCCAAGGUCAAGAAGGCCGAGCUCCUCGCCUGACCUCCGAUGAAUCAAAUCCUCCGGCUGGCUACAUGCGUCGACCAACCAAGAAGAAGAAGAACAAGAGGAGAGAGCUGGGGGUUCUGGCUGGGGACAAAUAGAAAAGUAAAGGACAGAUCAGACAGUGGUAUGUGCAUGCGUGUCAUGGUGUAGCGAUCGGGUGCGGUGCAGGCAUGCAUGCGCGCGCAGUGGUGGUGGUGGUGAACUGAUGAGAAACCGUGUGUCGUCGUCGUCGUCGUCUCAGCACCUGCUGGGUGUAGCUAGCUAUAGGGUCCGGUCGGUCCGAGUGUGCAUGCUGCUUGCUUUGUUUAUUACAGCGGGUUUACAUAUACUCCUCUCCCUGCUCGACCACCAGCUUUCUUUCUUUUUCUUUC